AUGGAGUUCUGCGCAUGGUUCGGCUACGCCGCGAAGGACCUGUUCACGUACAACCGCGAGAACUUCCAGUUCGACCAGGGGCAGCGGAUCGAUCGGGAGGUGCUGCGCCUCCAGAUGCAGAUCAAGCGGUUCGACCUCUUUCGCGAGGACAUUCGCGACCUCGUGGAACUCACGGUGGGCAAGAUGGAGAUGUAUCACCUGGUCGGGGCCCUGUUCCUUGAGUUCACUAUCUUGCUGUACUGCCAGGGCCGCAUCCUCUUCGCGACGCCGCCCUUCAUCUCGGGGCUCUUCUACCUCUCCGUGGCCACCGCCUUCCUCUACCUGGUGCUGGCCGUGUGGCUCAGCAUGCACGCCUCCAUCUGCUCCCAGAGCUUCGGCACCCGCCUGCUUACGCGGUACGUCAGGUUGCCCAUCCCGAGCGAGGCGCAGCUUGGGACGCUGAACGCGCGCCUCACGGACUUCGAGAGGCAGGGCGCGCAGGCCCUGCGAGUGCCGCUGGUGGGCGGCCGCCAGAAUUGGAUGCAGCGGCAGGGCCUCGCGACAGUCAACGAGAACGGCGGCCCGCCUCAGCAGAGCGAUGCGCAGGGCGGAGGGGCCGGCGCCGAGCUGCUCGGGCGCGGCGAGGCCGCGCUCGGCGACAGCGAGAAGGGCCUCCUGGAGCACGCCCGCAGGCGUCCCGGAAAGCACGUGCAGCUCUUCCGGAAGCUGCAGACGAAGUGGCAGUGCUACGACGCGUAUGCUCGAGUCGCAAUGUCCUUGGGCGUGAACCAGAUACUGUUCAGCAUCGUGUUCUUCCUCGUCAUCACCACGAACGUUCAGUACUGCGCGCCUUUCGUCUGCUUCGCCCUGUGCGUGCCCUUCCAGGCCACCGUGAUAGCGAUCACCAGGCUGGACAUCGUGCAGGUGACCAACCCCUCGCUCGUCGCCCUCUUCGCUUUGCAGAUCAUCGCGACGAUGAUUCCGGCGGUCUGCCUCUUCUUCGCGGAGUACACCACCAUCACCACCGUGGAGGAGGGCAUCACGGUCCAGGCGUUCGCCAUCGUCGCAAACCAGCUAGGGCGGGCCUCGGGCGAGGCCGACCAGCCGGACCAAACCAAGUACCAUGCCGCCAUCUCUAUGAGCAUACAAACGCUACAGCAGCAACACGAGCACAAUCCCGACUUCAGACUGAACGUCGAAAUGACUGACCAGCACAUCGACAACGUGACCAACGACUCUACGGCAACAACCCUUACGAGCACCACCGCCCACCCAUACGUCAACAUCUCGCAAUGGCGGUUCACCAUCCUAGGGCCGAGCUGGCCUGAAGUCCUACCCAUGACAACCGCAUUACCCAUCAGAACGACGGGCUAG